AUGUCUGCCCCACAACCGCCCACUGAUCGCAAAAGCUUUCGCGUUGCCAUCGUUUGUGCUCUGCCUCAUGAGGCUGAUGCUGUUACGUUGCUGUUCGAUCAGUUCUGGGACGAGGAUCGCGAUCAUUAUGGCCGAGCCGAUGGCGACACGAAUCACUACUUCACUGGUCGCAUCGGAGGCCACCACGUUGUUCUGGCUGUUCUUCCCGGCAUGGGCAACAAUAGCGCAGCGGCUGCAACUGCGAGUUUGCGCUCAAGCUACACUAAUCUCAAGCUAGCCAUCCUUGUUGGCACUUGUGGUGGUGUCCCUGGCAUCGGUGACCAUGACGCAUUUCUGGGCGACGUCGUGGUCAGCAAGACCAUAAUUCAGUAUGACUACGGCAGGGCCAAUAAGGACAUUCGAAGUCUGCUCGCAAUGUUCCAAACAGAGCUCAUGAGAGAAAGACUGCAGGUAGAGGCCACAACACACUUAAAGCAUCUACAAGAAGGCGCUAAGAAGAAACGACGCCGAGCGAACUACCAAUUCCCUGGAACCGCAAAGGACGCCUUAUACGAUCCGAACUAUGCGCAUCGACAUCGUGAGGGAUGCGUCGUAUGUGCUAAUGAUCCCAGCGUCUUCUGCGAAUCAGCUUCCAAGGCUUCCUGUGUCGAGGUUGGGUGUGACCUCAAGGCCGUGAUUACACGAGAGCGCUCUAUGGAUCGUGUCAACAGCGGAGACUUCAGUCCCGAGAUUUUCAUUGGCCGAAUCGGCUCGGGUAAUACAGUCAUGAAGAGCGGGGAAGAUCGAGACUGCAUCGCGGAUGAACAUGACCUCAUUGCCUUCGAGAUGGAGGGCGCUGGAUCAUGGGAUGAGGUUCCGUGCAUCGUUGUCAAGGGCAUUUGUAACUAUGCGGACAGUCACAAGAACAAAGGCUGGCAAGACUUUGCAGCCGCUACGGCAGCGUCUGUGGCGAAGGCUAUUCUCGGACGAUACGCGAUCCAUGAUGGAGAUCGGGAUACACCCUCAAGGAAUUAUCACGUGCCCUCAAUCGCACGCACUGUUUCGGGCAAUUCCUUUGGAAAUGGGACCUGGAUCAAUCAGGGUGCCGUGCUGGGUAGCCUGGCUUAUUCAGACCCUGCCAGAUUUCUGGAAAGAACUGAGGACAUAGGUGAACAAAAGUGGGAGAAAAUAAUCAACCGUUGGAAACGGACAAACGGUUGUCUCAACUGCGGAUCGGGAGAGCAUUGGGAGCGAGAAUGCCAAGAGUUCUGUGGUAAAUGUGUCUUUAUCAGGGGCACAAGGCGACCUGGUGUAAUCAUCCAGUCCGUUGCCUCAAGUGUGGAGAACAAGGUCACAUAG